AUGGUCGUACUUGCAGCGUCAAUAUGCACGAAGGGCGGGAAGGCUAUCAUUUCACGACAGUUCCGCGAGAUGUCGCGGACACGCAUUGAAUCUCUCCUCGCCUCGUUUCCCAAAUUGAUCCCGCCGAAUACCCAGCACACUUCCGUCGAAACCACGGAUGUCCGUUACGUAUACCAGCCGCUGGAGGACCUGUACAUCGUUCUCAUCACGAACAAAGCUUCAAACAUACUGCAAGACAUAGAGACGCUGCACCUCUUCGCUCGCGUCGCCUCAGACAUGUGCAGAAGCGCAGACCAGCGCGAGAUCCUCAAAAACUCGUUCGAGCUCGUCGGUGCCUUUGAUGAGAUCGUGAGCCUGGGCUUCAGGGAACAGGUCAACGUCAUGCAGAUCAGAAGUGUUCUCGAGAUGGAGAGUCACGAGGAGAAGAUUCAGGAUAUCAUUGCCCGCAACAAGGAAGCGGAAGCGAAGGAGGAGCUCAAGCGCAGAGCAAAGCAGCUCGAGAUGCAGCGCCGCGAGCAGCAGAGACGCACAGCUGCAGGCGGGGGUGGAGGCGGAGGCAGCUACCUCGGCGGCGGACCGACUGGAUAUUCUCCCGUGCCCCAACGCUUCGACACUCCUUCUGCUGUCCCUAUCCGCAAGUCCUCACCAGCCCCCUCUUCCGUGCGCGCGCCCGCCUUCAAAGGCAGCGGCAUGAAACUAGGGAGUAAGAAGACAAAACAAGCAGAGCUUCUGGAUGCGCUGGGCGGCGAGGCCCUGCUUUCGGAAGACAUGUCCGUGCCCACUACGCCUGCCGUUGCAUCGGCCCCUGAUCUCGGGGUGACGAAGGCUCCAAGAGGGAGCCUCCCUGCUGUCACACCCGGAAGCAUCCAUAUCAUUACAAAAGAGAACAUCACGCUAGCCCUCUCGCGGGAGGGCGGCCUCGAGUCCCUGGAGGUCAAGGGAGACAUGAAUCUCCGCGUUUCGGAGGCGGAUCUGUCUCGCGUCAAAGUCGUCCUGCUCCCCCCACCUUCCGAUUUUGGCUCCGAGCUCCAGUUCAAGCAACACCCAAAUGUGGGCAAGUUCGCCGCGAACAAGGAACGUGUGAUUGCCCUGAAAGAUCCCGCGCGAGGAUUCCCAGUCAACCAGUCGCUCGCUGUGCUCAAGUGGCGGUACUCGGGCAAGGACGAGAGUUACGUCCCUCUAUCUAUUAACUGCUGGCCGACGCCUUCAAAUGACGGGACGUGCGACGUGAACAUCGAGUACGAGCUCGAAAACGAGGGUCUCACGCUCUACGACCUCGUCAUCUCAAUUCCGCUCCCAGCGGGCUCGUACCCCACCGUGUCUUCGCACUCAGGCGAGUGGCAGCUGAACCCCUCGACCCACUCGCUCGACUGGUCCGUUCCGCUGGUCUCUGCGGAGGACCGGUCGGGCGCGAUGGAGUUCUCCGUCAGCGGAGAUGAUGUCGGCGCCUUCUUCCCUGUCCGCGUCUCGUUCGUCGGCCAGGGCAAUUCUGUCGGCGUCCGAGUGGCGUCCAUCUCGCGCGUGGACAACGGCGAGGAGGUCGAGUUCUCGGAGGACGCCAUCGUUACAACGGACGAGUAUUUGGUAGUCUGA